UUUAAAAGCUACCUGAUACGCAAAGAUGUAAAAAAAAAAAAAAAAGAUUUUGCACGAUUUAGAGUUCAGUCUGAGCCUUAAGAUAAAAUGAGUUUGAUACGGGACUAGUCUCCAUUAGGUAUGUUUCGUCCUUGCGCUCUGCAUACGCGUCGAGCUGGCGCAUGGAUUUCGUAGUAUAAAUUUGAAAACGCGCUCCCUAGUAGGGAGACAAACGCUCCUAUCUAGGAGGUAAUUUUUGGUAAUUUCUUUUAUUUUUUUUGGUAAGGGGGAAUCUGCCCCCCCCCCCCACUUCCGACGCCCCUGGUACAUGUAUAGACCGAGCUACGGAUAUAAUACGAAACGGGUUUCACAUGCACCCAUUUUAAUCUUUUUGUUUUAGAUUCUCUUUGUCUUGUGAAUACAGAAUUAACCUAACUUGCUGGCCUUUCUAACAGGAUGAAAUUAGAGUCGGAUCAGAAUACUGUUUCUGUAACAAACAUUUUAUUGUAAACAAUGAUAGCUUUCCCUGUUUGGUAUUUCUGAUUGUAAAUGAUCACAAUUUGAAGCUGGGUUUGUAUUUUAGGACAAAGAUUGCUCUUUGUUUUCUGCUAAAAUGUUUACCACCAUACCAAUUUCCACACAGAAGGUGGUGAAUCACAUCUUGGCUGGGCAGAAGAGAGCAGUGUCACUGGUGGUGGAGGAGGUGGUUUGCGAGGUGCACGUUUCUUCAGAUUCAGAGAGCCUAUCUGUACCCCCACUGUGGCUAGUAGUCUACAGGGAAAACCUGAUGAAGAUGGACUUGCUGGUUCCUGGCCCAGAUGAAAGAGGAUGGAGGAUGAUGUUCAGGCUUCUGCUGAUCCUCUGCCUUGGUCACUGUCUCCCUGCUGUCUUAGGGGCAGAUUCAAGUUUCAACUGUCAUAUUCGACAUACUGUCACGCUGCCCUGUGAUGAACCAGCAGCUACAGAGGAGGUUGUGGUUCUGUGGAUGUUUGAAGGCAAACUUGCCUGUUCAUAUAAAAAUGGGAACCAGUGUGAAUUUGGUCAUUAUGUGAAUCGAACUCAGCUUGGAUCCAUCAGACAGAACAACUUCUCUUUGGUCAUUAAUCAUGUGAAAAAAGAGGAUGAAGGGGAGUAUGAGUGUCGAAUCAAUGAUAAACUUAUACGAAUCACUCGCCUCAAUGUUGAUGGAGGCCGGAAGCCUGAGGAUGCAGUGAUGCCCCCUGGAGAUCAAAAAUGUAGGCCAUACAGCAUGAGAGAAGAUCCUCCAGAGUCAGAAAACAAAGACAAACAGGAUUCUGAUGAAAACCUUUCAGGGGCGUCUUCAGGAGGAAACUCUGCGGUGAUUGGGGUGAUUGUGGGAUUGGUUGUGCUGCUAGGGGCUGUAGCUGUGGCUGCAGUGUUCACCAAAAGAUUGAGGAACCGGCAAAGAAAUAAUCUGUCUAAACGGGUACCAUGUAAAGCUAACAUAAUUUAAUAACAGUAAUUAUUAUUGUGUAAUUAAUAUUUGUAUAAUUAUUACGAUUAAUAUUAUAUAAUAAUAUUCACUCAGCUGGGGGUUAAGGGCGCCCAGGGAGCUGGGGGUUAAGGGCCUUGCUGAAGGACCCGCAGACUUGCUGAGGCUGGGUGUGAUCCGGUCCCCUUGUGAUUAUAAGCACACAGACUUAACCCACUGAGCCACACGCUGCCCCGCAAUGGUGCCUCUAUGUAAUGGUGACUCUCUCCAUGUUGACGGCUGCAGUGUUGAUGAGAAGAUGGGGGAACCAGCUGUGUGAUGAAAACAGGUAGAAUAAUACAGUGAAAUGCAAAAGUUUGGGAACCCAUGGCUUAAAAUGUCUCUUACUGUGAAUAGUUAAGUGAGCAGAAGAUGAACUGAUCAAAAAGCUUGAAGUUAAAGAUGACACAUUUCUUUAAUAUUUUAAGCAAGAUUUUUAUUUCCAUCAUUUACAGGUACAAAAUAUCAACAAAUGAUCAGGGCCUGAACCAUGAGUUUGGCCACCUGACUUGGUCAGUACUUAGUGACACCCCCCCCCCUUUGGCAAAGAUGCUUUUUGUAUCCAGCAGAGUCCUUCAGAUCUUAUGUGGGGGAUUUUUGCCAAUUUAUCCUUGCAAAAAGCUUUUAAUUUUUUUUCAAAAUUAUUGGGCUGUCUUAUGUCACUGCUCCUUUGAGAUCUAUCCACAAAUUUUCAAUGAUGUUUAGGUCGGGGGACUGUAAGGGCCAUACCAAAUCCUUCAAGCUCGUGCCUCUUGAUGUAUUCCAUUAUAAAUUUUGAGGUGUGUUUGGGAUCAUUAUCUUGCUGUAUCUCUUCUUAGCUUCAACUUUUUUACAGUCGGUGUGAUGUUUGCUUCCAGAAUUUGCUGGUAUUUAUUUGAAUUCAUUCUUCCCACUACCAAUGACAUGUUCCCUGUGCCACUGGCUACAACACAAGCCCAUCACAAUCAAUCCACUCCCAUGCUUAAUAGUUGGAGAGUUUGUCCCCCAAGCAUACCUUUGCACAUUGUGGCCAAAACGUUCUGUUUUAACUUCAUCAGUCCACAGGACUUCAUUCCCGAAUGCAUCAGGCUUGUUUCAAUGUUGGUUUGCAAACUUCAGAUGCUGAAUUUUGUGGUUAGGGUGUAGGAAACUUCUUCUGCUGAUUACCAUAGAGGACAUAUUUGUUCAGGUGUCACUGCACAGACGAAUGGUGCCCCACCAUUAAAGAGUCAACAAAAUUUUCCAGAAGGUCAUUUCUAGUAAAACAGGGAUUUUUAUUUGCCUUUCUGCCAAUCCAACAGUUCUUUCAGAAAGUGUUCAUGGUCUUCCAGACCUCAACUUGACCUCCACUGUUCCUGUUAACUGCCAUUUCUUAAUAACAUUAUGAGGUGAGGAAACAGCCAUCUGGAAAUGCUUUGCUAUCAUCUUGUAGCCUUUUUCUGCUUUGUAAGAAUCAAGUAUUUUAUUUUUCAGAGUACUAGGCAGCUGCUUAGUGGAGCCCAUGGCUGCUUAUUGUUGGGACAAGGUUUGAGGAGUCAGAGUAUUUAUAUAGUUUUGCAGUUUGUGUCACCUGGGGUUUCCUAAUGAAGGCUGUGAACAAGCCGUAGUCCUAACUGGCUAAUGAAGGUCUGGGACCUUCGUAAACGUUAUCUGAGACCUCAAAUAUCUCGAGGAGCCCAAACUUUGGCAUGGUGCUCCUUUCCUUUCUUUACUCUACAGUCGUAUAAAACAAGAACAAUGCACUAAUCUUGCAUAAAAUGCUGAAAAGAAAUGUCAUCUUUAACUUUAUGCCUUUUGGGGAUCAGUUCAUCUUCUGGUCAUUUAACUAUUCACAGUAACAGAUAUUUUAAGCAAGGGUGCCCAAACUUUGUAUAUCAUUGUAACUAUCUGUCUGUUUUUCCAUAACUGCUUGUGCCCCAAUUUAUAAAAUGAGAUAAUAUACUUCAAUCUGCUUUGUAGCUUUGGCUCUCAUAUUACCUGUAUAAUACAUGAAUAUAAUGCUAAACUUAAUAGGGUUGGGACUAUUGAUAAGGCACAUGAAAUCAAUAAGUAACAGCUAUAACUGUCCAUAGGUAUCAGCCAUAAGCGUUUGGUGCAGUGACCCGUUACCCGAAAACUCCUGUCCCAGUUUAACCUGACAGACACGCCCACAUCGUGAGCACCGGUUGUGUAAAAUAGCUUCUGAAUUGUGGCAGUAUUUUCGUAUGUCUGGGGACCAGACAAAAAAAGCUGUUUUCAAGCAGCUUCAAAAGAGUUUUCCUUUUUGCGGCAAACUGUCAUCAGCACCUUCCGAUCUCGCAAGCGAAGCCAAACCCACAGGGUCAGCGACACAACAGCAUGCAGCGUCCAGGGAGAAGGUCAGCCCACUUUGGGCUAAAGACCGUGCUGCUGCGGUGGAUGGUGUACCUACAGUAUUAACAUAGCUGAGGGAGGCAUUUAAUAACGUAAACACAGGCUGUCAGCCGCUGUGUAUAAAGAGUGUGUCAGAAAUACUGAGUGAUAAGUGACUGGUAAAUCAGAUGUGUUAAAUAAAAGACUGAAUUGUACAGUGCAGGUUUGGAUUUAAAUGAUGAUAAUGUCAAUAAUUUUCCAAAGAUUUUACUAAAUUUACUCCCCCAGCCCUGAAAUUUAGCAAUAUACACAUAUAUGAUGUUUAUUUCUGACUUAUUUAGUAUAAAUACUGCUUUUCUCUAGGACACUCAGUGGGUAUCACUGUAUAGUAGGGUUGUUGGUUUGAAUCCUACCCCCCCUGCUGUGUGUGUGAGUUUUUUUUAUUUCAUUGUGGGUACCAAAAAACCUGGGAUUCCCUACCUUGUUGGGACCAAAGAUUUCCCCACAAUGCAUAACUCUUAUAAAACUUUUAUAAAAAUCCGUGAAUGCAAUCAAAAUAUUAAGACGAAAAAAAAAACUAAAAUAAAUGGAGAGUCCACACAAUGAGAUUUACUCUGUGUGUAUGUGUGUCUAUCACAUGUCUGCAGACCAGCCUCUCUGUAUGUACAGUGCCUAUAGAAAGUCAUCAAACCCUUUUGAAAUUAUUUGGUCAUACACCCUGAUAUCAAAACCCAUUCUCAAAAAAGCUUCAACCAUCUUUAUUUACAAAUUUUGCCUUACAACAUCAAACUGAUUAAAAGAAAGUCAACUGGUCAGAAAAUGGUAGCCUUUCUGAUCAAUGCCCUUCCAGCUGGAUCACCCAGUUUGGACAGACGGCCUGAUCUAGGCACCAGGUUGGUGGGGCCACACACCUCUACCUUCUUAAUGAUGCACUCAGCACUCAGAGGGACAGCUAAAGCCUCUGAAAUCUUUGUGUAGCCUUUUCCUAACUUCUGCUUUUAUACAACUUUAUCCCAGAAGCCUUUUUAAAGCACUUUCCCAACCAGGCUGAUUUCUUUUUCAGAACCUUGCACUACUAACUGUGAAAUCUUCAAAAGACAGCUGGAGGUAAUCAAACCCCAACAGUUUGUCGGAUGGGGCAGUUAACCUAAUGUUUGAUCUGGCAGCUGAUUGGUUGCAUCUGAGCCAGUUUAGAAAGGUGCAUUAUAUGAGGCUGAUAACUUUACCAAACCAGGUGUUUCACUGAUUGAUUAUAAUAAUUGUCCAAAAUGUUUUUAGAAUAUUACUUUCACAUUGACAAUGAUGUGUACCUACAGCUAAAAAAAAAAGAAUUGGACCAAAGCUAUAGAUUUUAACAGGGUGAUUGACUUUCUAUAGACAUUGUAUAUGUAGUGUAUGUAUGUUUAGAUCAGCUUUUUCUCAACAGUAGCCACUGUUAUCACUGCAUUUCAUUAAUAUCUUGCUGCAUACAUAUGAAUGUUAAGAAGCUUGAAAAAAUUCUGAUUAUUCUCUUAUUACCCAGUUGAAAAAUGCACUUGUACUGAUUUACACAAUAAACCUUCUCUAUGUUUUGACUUUCA